AUGAGUUUACGCUGGAAGAUAUUUUGGGAAAUGAGACAAAGACAAAGAUCACAAAUACCAUCACUGCAAGUGAUGGCAAGAAAUUAUAACACCUGCAAGGAAUGUUCCACAGAAAAAAAGUAUGGAUCUUUUAAGAAUGUGAAGAAUCCUGCUAUGUUAUAUACAACCUGUAUUGCUGUUGCUGCAUCAGUUUUAGGUAUAUCUUACUAUACUCUAAAGUACAAAAGAAAUGUUUAUGCUCUUAAUGCGACGCAAAAUGUAAAAUGUGGUCAAUUACGAAAGGACAUGAAGACCUACACCUUAGAAGAAGUGGGAAAACACGAUAGCAAAGAGAAAGGAAUUUGGGUUACUUUCGGACAAGGUGUAUAUGAUAUAACAGAAUUUGUCGAUAAGCAUCCAGGUGGUCCUUCAAAAAUUAUGAUGGCUGCUGGAGGAUCCAUUGAUCCAUUUUGGAUGAUAUUUGCAAAUCAUAAUACAUCAGAAAUACACUCCUUGCUGGAAUCCAUGAGAAUUGGAAAUAUAUCAGAAGAAGAUGCUAAAUCUAAUAAAAGCGAUCUGUAUGAUCCGUAUGCAAAUGAGCCUGUUAGGCAUAAGGCUUUAAAAAUCAAUGGCAAUAAACCCUUCUGUGCAGAACCGUCACCUUCAUUAUUAGUUGAGAGUUUUCUUACACCUGUUCCAUUUUUUUAUGUGAGAAACCAUUUGCCUGUGCCUGAGAUAGAAUUAAAGGAUUAUACACUAGAAUUGGCGAUAGAAGGGACAACUAAAAAGACCCUCGACUUCAAGACACUAAAAAAAUAUGAAAAGAGGACGAUAACUGCAGCUGUAAUGUGCGGCGGAAAUAGACGUUCAGAAAUGUCGAAGGUAAAGCAACUAAAAGGUAUUAACUGGAAUGUGGGUGCUGUUGGCAAUGCAACGUGGACAGGUGUACGAUUGUGCGACAUAUUAAAAGAUUUAGGAGUCAAUGAAGAUGUAUUUAAUCACAUUCAGUUUGAAGGACACGAUCUAGACCCAUCUGGCAUGCCGUAUGGAGCAAGUAUUCCGAUUUCCAAAGCUAUGGACCCUAGAGCUGAUGUGAUUUUAGCUUAUGAAAUGAAUGGUGAACCGUUAAGCCAAGAUCACGGAUUCCCUGUUCGAGUAAUCGUUCCUGGUGUCGUGGGUGCAAGAAAUGUAAAAUGGCUGAGUAAAAUUAAUGUAUCAAAGGAGGAGAGUCAAUCGCAGUGGCAACAGGGCGACUACAAGGGGUUUUCUCCGAGCACGACUUGGGACAACGUAGACUUCAAUAAAUCGCCCGCGAUACAAGAAAUGCCUGUAGUAUCGGCGAUAUGUGAUCCGCAAAAUACAGACACAGUCGAAAUUAAAAAUGGAAAAAUUCAAGUGAAAGGUUACGCAUGGUCUGGCGGUGGUCGAAAAAUAAUUCGUGUUGACGUUACAAACGAUAAAGGUAAAACUUGGCAUACAGCAGAUCUGACAGAAGAUCUUCAGGCAAAUGAAGGUCGAUACUGGAGUUGGUCAUUAUGGAACGUGGAACUUCCUGUGGAUAAAAAAUCGAGAGAAGUUGAAAUCUGGGCGAAAGCUGUUGACUCAUCGUAUAAUGUACAACCGGAAAAUUUUAGUAACAUCUACAACAUUCGAGGAUUGCUCUGCAACGCGUAUCAUAAAAUUAAAGUACAAUUAAAGCAAUGAAAAAUUGACUUUCCAUUAAUCAUUGUGUGAUACAUUAUCUAUUUUAAGUCUUUAAGUUCUUGCAAGUCAAGAAUUCGGUACUUUCUACUUUGUAAUAAAAUUUGUGAUAUUAGGUUGUGAUAUUCAAAAACACUUUGUAUCGGAUAUAUUUAGAGGAAAUUAUGCUCUCUUGUUAUCUUUUAAAUAUUUUGUUCUUCAAACAUUCUUUUCUCCACACAACGAUCAAAGUAAUAACUUUAGAUAGAAAUUGUUAUAAUAAUAAGAUUGGAAAUAAGACGAUUUUAAUAUAGGAGUACAUCAUCUAAAUACGAGAAGCGUCGAUUUUCUGUCAAAGUUAGAUUUAUACGUAUACGAGUAUAUGUAUUCUUUAAAUGAAUUUAUCUCAGAAAUAUAAUUGCGCUACUAUUUAUUAUAUGUAACUAAGUUUCCAUUAUUAGCGGACUUUCAGCAAAAAUAUCGAUCCAAAAUAAUAAUCUCCCUAAAUAUUCCAAACCUGUAAAGAACUUAUUGCGAAAAUUAUUACCUCAG